AUGUUACCAGACGAUGAUAUGUUAAUGAGAAAAGUCGAACAGAAAGCGAAACAUGAAAGUUUUCCUUCUGCAAGUAACAAUUUGUUGCUAUCAUUGGAUUUGAUGUCACCAAUCGGAAGCAUAAGACAAAGAGAACCAGGACCUGUCACUUCAACUCCUCGCAUAA